UAAUUCGCUUCUGAGCUGAGGAGGAGUGUAGAUCUCCGGUCCGCUGCACCUCCGAACGUACGUGAAAUACCAGCAAAAUAAUCUGAGAAGUUUUUAAAACCAUUAACGUUUGAAAAUUUUGUGUUUUACCGGUUAAUUGUAUUGUGAAUACGUGAAAUAUCGUGCGUUUUUGCUUAGUUUUUGUGUUUAUUUGGUGCGGUUUUUUUCCGGUGGACUUUGUUGUUUGUUUUUUUCUUAUAUUUAAUAUUAGUACUUUUUCAUCAUGGAGUUUUACAACACCUAACUGAUUGUCAGCAUUAUCCGACUAUCAAAGCAGUCAAACCAAACUAUUCGCGAGCUUUCCAAAAACCUUCCCUAUCAUUUGCCUUUCAUCUUGGAGCCCCACAAUGGGUGGGGUAAUUCAUUUAUCCAGCACAGGAUUUAGACACUUUACAUCCUUCAUAUCCUUGCUGGGCAUUUUCCUGAUACUCGUUGCCAAUAUCGGUACUUCCGUUGCAAAGUCGAAUCAUGAAUCUUCCGUUCCCGUUCAUCACUUGGAGUUCGGGUCUACGUAUUCAUUUGGAGAGUAUACAAAAUGUCCCAGAUCUUGUGUCUGUUCCGGUACCACUGUGGAUUGUUCUCAUCGAGGCCUCCGAGGGGUUCCCAGAGGGAUUCCGACUAACACCGAAAGAUUAGAUCUUCAAGGGAACAAUAUCACUGCCAUCUACGAAUACGAUUUUCAAGAUCUAGGAAAACUGAAAAUUUUGCAACUUUCAGCCAACCAAAUAACAAAUCUCCAUAAGGAUUGUUUUCAGGAUCUUACAAGUUUAGAACGAUUACGCCUGAAUCGAAACAAUCUGAAAAACAUUCCUGACAACUUAUUUGUUCCCGUUUCUAACUUGUUUCGUUUGGAUUUGAGCCACAAUGAGAUAGCUGUAGUCGGCAAAACUACAUUCAAAGGGAUCAUUGGGGUUAAAACUUUGCAAUUGGACAAUAACCGAAUAACAUGCAUAGACGAUUCAGCGCUCCGAGAGAUGAAAGAUUUGGAAGUAAUAACAUUGAACAACAACAACAUUACAUGGCUGGGCAAAGACAUGUUUGCCAACGUAUUUAACUUGCGAACCUUACGACUGGCAGAUAAUCUGCUACAUUGCGAUUGUAAUCUUUCCUGGUUAGGACGAUAUUUGAGACGUUCAAGCCGAUUAGCGCAAUAUACUCGAUGCUAUUCUCCAAGUCACUUAAAAGGACAAAACGUGGCUGAUGUUCAAGAUCAUGAGUUUAAGUGUUCAGGUUUAGCCGAAAAAGCCAUAAAUGGAGAAUGUGCUAGCGAGUCUCAGUGUCCCCAUCCAUGCAGAUGUGCAGAUGGUAUAGUUGAUUGCCGAGAAAAGGGUUUAACCCAGGUUCCUGACUAUAUGCCCGAAACCACCACCGAAAUACGAUUAGAGCAGAACCUGAUAACGCAUCUUCCGCACAAAGUAUUUUCUGUUUACAAAAGGUUGAGGCGCAUCGAUCUGAGUAAUAAUCGAAUAUCAAAAAUUGCACCGGACGCAUUUCAAGGAUUAAAAGGACUAACAUCCCUGGUGUUGUAUGGGAACAAAAUUAAGGAACUGUCUUCUGGUGUUUUCCAAGGACUAACAUCGCUACAACUAUUACUUUUAAAUGCAAAUGAUAUUUCUUGCAUCCGGAAAGACGCGUUCAAAGAUCUUCACAAUUUGGGUCUUUUGUCCCUCUACGACAACAACAUCCAAACCUUAUCUAAUGGCAGCUUUGAGGCUCUAAAAAGUAUUCACACUUUACAUUUAGCCAAAAACCCGUUUAUUUGCGAUUGCAAUUUGCAAUGGCUAGGAGAUUAUUUGCACAAAAAUCCCGUUGAAACGUCCGGGGCGAAAUGCGAAUCGCCGAAAAAAAUGCAACGCAAGCGAAUAGAGUCGUUGAAGGACGAGAGAUUCAAAUGUAAGAGAAACGGCCAAGACGAGUUUAAAACAUCAUAUGCUGGAGAAUGUCUAACAGAUAAUGAAUGUCCAGCUGGAUGUUCUUGUGAGGCGUCCGUGGUUGAUUGUUCAGGAAAAAAUCUUAAAGAAAUACCUCGAGAUAUUCCUUUGGACACCACCGAAUUGUUACUAAAUGAUAAUGAAUUAGGUCGCAUUAAGUCUGAUGGCCUUUUUGGACGGUUGCCCAAUUUAGUUAAACUGGAUCUACGCGGAAACCUGAUAACUGGUAUAGAAGAAAAUGCUUUUGAGGGUGCCAUUAAAAUAUCAGAACUGCUCUUGUCGGAAAACAAAUUCAUGGAAAUCCACAACAAAAUGUUCUUAGGCUUGCACAAUUUAAAAAUUUUGUCCCUGAACAACAAUCAGAUCACGUGUGUAAUGCCGGGAUCUUUUGAUCCCCUUCAAUCUCUACACACCCUAAACCUAAUUCAAAACCCAUUUGUCUGCAACUGCCACUUGGCCUGGUUUUCCGAAUGGUUAAAAAAUAAAGGCCUUAGUGGAUCUUCACCGCGAUGUUCAGCUCCGGAGCGCGUUAAAGAUGUGUUAAUUAAAGAGCUGCCUAAAACCGAAUUUAAAUGCGCCAGUGAAAAUGACCAAGGAUGUUUAGGUGAUAACUACUGCCCUCCGAUGUGUUCUUGUACAGGGACUGUGGUCAGAUGUACUAGGGCUAGCUUGAAAGAAAUACCUAGGGGAAUUCCUGCUGAGACGUCCGAGUUAUACCUGGAUUUCAAUCAAAUCAAGCGCAUCCAAGCCGAUCGAAUUAGCCACUUAAAAUCCCUCACUAGAUUGGACUUGAGCAACAACCAAAUUACGAUGCUCUCUAAUAUGACGUUUGCCACAUUAUCAAAAUUAUCCACUCUGAUAAUCAGCUACAAUAAACUGCAGUGUAUUCAACGAGGGUCGUUGCAAGGCUUAAAAUCGCUUAGAAUAUUAAGUUUACAUGGUAAUCAGGUGAGCUUGAUUCCGGAGGGAACGUUUGCCGGAUUAAAAAGCAUCAGUCACAUUGCCUUGGGCUCAAAUCCGCUUUACUGCGACUGUUCGCUCCGAUGGCUUUCGGACUGGGUAAAAGUUGACUACGUCGAACCUGGAAUAGCCCAUUGUGCAGAGCCUCAAAACAUGAAGGACAAAUCCAUAUUGAGCACUCCUUCUUCCGCAUUCAUCUGCAAAGGUCAAGUUUCUGCAGACAUUCUAUCAAAGUGCGAUUCCUGCUAUACUUUCCCUUGCCAGAACAACGGAAAGUGUCUUACAAUGCCCGAACAUGAAUACGAAUGUAAAUGCGCUCCAGGUUUUCAUGGAAAAAAUUGCGAGUUUAUGAUCGAUGCAUGUUACGGCAAUCCUUGCAUGCAAGGAACGUGCAAACUUUUGGAAGAAGGCAGAUUUAGUUGUGAAUGCUUACCAGGCUUUGCCGGUCUUAGAUGCGAAACAAAUGUAAACGACUGCAUCGACAAUAAGUGCGAGAACAACGCAACCUGCGUCGAUCUAGUCAACUCGUACGAGUGCAAAUGCCUCAAUGGCUUCAUGG